AUGCUCAGCUCCAUCCGGAAACCGAUUCAGGCCAGGUUCCUGUCCCUUCUUCUAGGUGUUUGGAUCGGCUUUGCAAUCGCCCGCCGCCUAGGCCAGGAUGGAGCUCACGUAGUCGUGAGCAGCCGAAAACAAGCCAACGUGGACCAGGCCGUGGCAGAGCUGCAGAAGGAGAACCUGAGCGUCUCAGGGCUGGUGUGUCACGUGGGGAAGGCCGAAGACAGGCAGCGCCUGAUCGAUGUGGCCCUCGAGCGCCACGGGGGCAUCGACAUCUUGGUGUCCAACGCGGCCGUGAAUCCGUUUUUUGGUAGCACCGUCGACGCCACCGAAGAUGUGUGGGACAAGAUCCUGGAUAUCAACGUCAAGGCCACCGCUCUGCUGGUCAAGCUGGUUGUGCCUCACAUGGAGAAGAGGGGGGGUGGCUCCAUCGUCAUCGUCUCCUCGAUCGCGGCAUAUUCUCCGUUCCCGGGUUUGGGCCCUUAUAACGUCAGCAAGACGGCGCUCCUGGGCCUCACCCGCACCCUGGCCCCUGAACUGGCCCCCAGCAACAUCCGCAUCAACGCGCUGGCUCCCGGGCUGAUCCGGACCAAGUUCAGCUCAGCUCUUUGGCAGGACAAAGCCACAGAAAACAAGCUGAUGGAGGCCAUGCGGAUCCGGAGGUAACGACCACCCUUUCGCCC